AUGUUGCAGGAGACUCGCAUUGCCCUGCUGCUGAAUCGAUCUCCCAACCACUGUCAUGCUGCUGAUGAGGCCCGGCUGCCAGCUCUUCCAGCACCGACAAUCCGCCCGGGUGAGGCACCUGCUUCCAUCUUCGUAAACUGGGCUCCCUUGCAGCUGGCUCUGGGUUAUGUGGUCGAGCUUCGUCCAGCUGGGACGAAGGCAGAGUGGGCGGCAGUGGACGUGACCGGGAACUUGGGCACGGAGCAGGGGCACUUUGCACCCAGCUGUUCAUCCUGCAAGGUAGCCGGCCUUCGCCCGGGCUAUGCGUACGAGGCAAGGGUGACAUAUGUCUCGUCAUGUGGUUGCCGUUCAGAGGCAUCUGAUGCCUCGCAGCCAUGUGCUCCAUGCGAACAGCGGAUCGGCCGCAGCUCUGCUGGCUAUCCAGUGCAGGAUGUUGCUUGGCCGGAGGCUCCCCCUUCGCACGGGCCGAUGAUGCCUGCACCAGGACACCAUGCACAUGCAGCAGGUCCAGCACCGAUGUGGCAUGGCAUCCAUGGUGGUGUGCCACCGCCUCCACCACCGCGCUCCGCGCCGGAGAUCUCUGCGCCAGACGAGGCGCGGCAAACGUACAUCUCGUCAGGUGGCUGGCGUUCAGAGGCAUCUGAUGCCUCGCAGCCAUUUGCACCGCGCGAACAGUGGAUCGGCCGCAGCUCUGCUGGCUAUCCAGUGCAGGAUGUUGCUUGGCCGGAGGCUUCCCCUUCGCACGGGCCGAUGAUGCCUGCACCAGGACACCAUGCACAUGCAGCAGGUCCAGCACCGAUGUGGCAUGGCAUCCAUGGUGGUGUGCCACCGCCUCCACCACCGCGCUCCGCGCCGGAGAUCUCUGCGCCAGACGAGGCGCGGCAAACGUACAUCUCGUCAGGUGGCUGGCGUUCAGAGGCAUCUGAUGCCUCGCAGCCAUUUGCACCGCGCGAACAGCGGAUCGGCCGCAGCUCUGCUGGCUAUCCAGUGCAGGAUGUUGCUUGGCCGGAGGCUCCCCCUUCGCACGGGCCGAUGAUGCCUGCACCAGGACACCAUGCACAUGCAGCAGGUCCAGCACCGAUGUGGCAUGGCAUCCAUGGUGGUGUGCCACCGCCUCCAGCUGCACCCGAGAUCUGGGCCCUGGACGAGGGCGGUUUUUCCAUCGCUGUGCGGUGGUCCUCCGUUGGUGCCAUGGCCUAUGUCGUGGAAUUGCGCGAGGCCGAUGGAAUCAUGUCCUUGUCCACCGUUGAAGGCUGGCUCUUCCACAGUCGAGAGAUUCGUGAGAAAUGCGUCGUCCACUCCUCCGGGAGCGCCGGUGGAGCUGAGAGCGAGAAGCUUAGCCAAGCGGCACCAUGA